AUGCCUGCUCAUGUGGUGCAUCAGGGGAGUGUGCGCGGAAGGUCUUCAAGAGCGCGAUCGCAAGUCUCAAAAGCCGGAAGCCGAACGACAACGCGCUCUGAAUCGCCCCGUCGACCCAGCGGCUCGCGAGACAGUCACGAUCUACCGCGAGAUGCGAUCCGCCGUUGCAGACUACAUCCCCCACUCCAGUUACCUUACAGUGGACAGGGGGGGGUCAGUGCCAUGACCGCGGACAUGGUCGGCAACGCGGUGGUCAUGGUGCAGGAGCACUUCAUGAAGCGUCUGACGGCGUAUAUUCGCCUCGAGUUGUUUCGUCGGACCGGUGCGGCACCCCGAUCCGAGGUGGAGCGUCUUCGAACUGCGUGCUUUGGUCCUGAUGAUGGCGACUAUGCGGAAGACGAACAUGAGCUUCGAGAGUGGCUGGGUUUCCGCCCCUACAAGGACGAGCUCAAGCGAAGCAUGUCUAUCCUUGGCCAUAUCGAGGCCCUACGCCGUGAGAUGGCAGAGUUACCCGGGUCUUCAGGUGGAGUCGAUCUCAAUGUGUCACCGCAAGACGAAGUUGCUCUGGGCGACGAGCCCGAAUCGGAUGAGGACUUCAUCCAGGAGCUGCGUUCCCGAAAGGGACUCCGGGCAUUCACGCUUUUGCCAGUCUCGACCUCGUUUGUGCCGAUGGACGUGGCCUUCGACGGCUUCACGUUGCAGGGGUUCUGCGCUCGGCUUUACAACAGAACUUGGUCCAACCCUGUCGGGAUCCCUGUCGGAGCGCACGGGUUUGAGACCGAGAACUGCAAGUUCGCAUAUCGCGUCGCGCCGAACGGGUACUCGGUUUCGAUACUCUUGACAAGACCGAAGAACGCGAUUGAGGUCGAGCUCGAGCGACUCAAAGCUACACGAACCCAAGAAAUCAAUGAUCAGGCGGCGAAGCGAGCAAGGCUGCGCAAGGCUCAAACGCGCAAGAACCCUCGUGGCCGUCAAUGUACCUCGCGCUCAGACCGCCAGCAACCGCUUCCCAACGACUGGAACAUUCUGCCAGCGGAUUACGAGGCCGACAGGUUGGUCGCGAUUGACCCUGGAAUGCGGGCCAUGGCUACGGCGGUGUGUGAAGACAUCGCACCAAUGGACGAGACCGCCAUGGAGCAGAGGCGUCAGCGCAACAGGCGUCGCAAUCGUCGGCGGGCUGCACGUCGCAAGGCACUGCUACGGAUCGCCCGGCGGAGGAAACGGUUGUCGAGGAGAACCCGUGCUCGAAUCAAGCGCGCAAAGAGACAAGCUCGGCGUCCUCCAACCUCCCCACGCGUGCGUCAUGUUGGUGACGAGACCGUCAUCUCCAUUAAGACCCGCGAGUACCGACAUCUCGCUGGCUUCAACAAAGCCAUGCACUGGUUUGAAGGGCUGAAGUAG